AUGCGGUUACUUAGGUGUACUAUAUCUGGACGCUUUCGCCUUUCUACAGGCGGGGCGGGCUCUCUGUUUGGUUCUAACGCACGUCCCAUCAUUACUCCGUCGUUUACCGGCUAUUGCAAUGGAACUCGCCGCCUACACAGUGUCUGUUCAAGGCUUUCUACACUUAUACCGCCAUUACGCAUCCCAGAAAGACCAAACGUGCGUUUGGUCAAGGACCAUUCUGAGUUCCACGAUACUGUAUACUUUGUUCCAGAGCGCGACUGCGUGAAGUCUGAAGACCUCGUGUUAUCGGUUUUUGUAAGCCAGCAGAACACCGCGUCUCUGUCCAUAUUCGACACUGUGGCAAGGCUUUCGACUGAGCAUCCCGGUCAUCGUUUUUUGAUCAUCGAUGCUGACCAGGUGCCCCGUGCUGCUUAUGAUGCUGACCUACAGCAGUUCCCUGCCGUACUUUUAUCGUUCGGAGGCGAUAUAUAUCGCCGACUUGUACAGGUUAGCGGAGGAUAUCCAGACAACUGGCAAGCUUCGCCUCAAUGGGGUCUGCCGUCAUGUUCAUCUGAUAUCCAGCCGUCUGUGGAAUGUACAUUACCAGAGACUUUCUACGAAUCUGUGAAGCGCGAGAUUAAAACAUUCAGCGCCAAUUACAACGGUAGAGAGAUAGCCUCUUUGAAAUCGCGUGCCGGUACCCACAGCUAUAGCCAUGGCAUCGAUACCGACAAUCUCAAUGUGAAGCGCGUGGGUUGGCCAACGGAGUAG